ACAUCAUGUUACUAGAGAUCUUUUGCCCAGAAAACCAGCUCGCAAGCUAGUUUUUUUUUCAUAUACUUUCCUCUCUUCCCAUUCGAUUCAGUGCAAAAAUGGAGAACCAGGAUGUUUUUACUGCUCGAGAUGGUGGUGAGAUGGGAAGGGAUGGCUGUACUUCGUCGUCCCAGAGGGUGCGGUUGAAUGUUCAGGAUAAGCUUGUGGUGAUGGACAAUGGCAUGGUCCAAGUGACGGUGUCGAAACCGGAGGGGUUCAUCACCGGGAUCAAAUACAACGGCAUCAGCAACUUGCUUGAAGUUCGUAACGAGGAAUUCGACAGAGGGUACUGGGACCUCGUAUGGAGUGAAGCAGGAAGUGCUGGCACGACCGGCACCGACGAUAGAAUGAACGCGACGAAGUUCGACGUGAUAGUGGAGAACGAUGAGCAAGUGGAGAUAUCGUUCACGAGGAUGUGGGAUUCCUCCAAAGAGGGCACGAUGGUUCCCCUCAAUAUUGACAAAAGGUUCGUUAUGCUUCGGAAUUGCUCAGGAUUCUACUCCUACGGAAUCUACGAGCACUCGGGGGAGUGGCCUGCUUUCAACCUUCCCCAGACCAGGAUUGUGUUCAAGCUCAGAAAGGAUAAGUUUAAGUACAUGGCGGUGGGAGAUAAUAGACAGAGAUGUAUGCCGCUUCCCGACGACCGAUUGCCCGGCAGAGGGCAGCCCUUGGCGACUCCGGAAGCCGUUCUUCUUGUCAAUCCUGUCGAACCGGAGUUCAAAGGCGAGGUGGAUGACAAGUACCAGUACUCGUGCGAGAACAAAGAUCUCCAGGUUCACGGGUGGAUAUGCUUCGACCCCCCGGUGGGAUUCUGGCAAAUUACGCCGAGCAACGAGUUUCGCUCCGGCGGACUCCUCAAACAGAACCUUACCUCCCAUGUCGGCCCCAUUACCCUCGCCAUGUUUCUGAGUGCUCACUACGGAGGAGAGGACUUGGUGCUGAAGCUCGCGCCGGGAGAGCCGUGGAAGAAGGUCUUCGGACCCGUGUUUUUCUACCUCAACUGCGCGUCGAAAGCCGACGAUCCGCUCAAGCUUUGGGACGAUGCUAAGGAACAGAUGUUGAGCGAAGUCCAGAGCUGGCCUUAUGCCUUCCCAGCCUCGGAGGAAUACCAGACUUCAGAUCAGCGGGGCUACGUCAGUGGGAAGCUAAUGAUUCAAGACAGGUAUAUCAGUGAAACCUUAAUCCCUGCAAACGGGGCGUACGUGGGACUAGCACCUCCGGGAGAAGUCGGAUCAUGGCAAACCGAAGUCAAGGGUUAUCAAUUAUGGACAAAAGCCGACUCGGAUGGUUACUUCUCGAUCAAUAACGUACGCACCGGCGACUAUUACAUUUAUGCGUGGGUGCCUUGUUACGUUGGAGAUUAUCGAAACGACGGAGCGAUUAUCGUAACGCCAGGUUGUCAAGUCGACGUGGGGGAUCUUGUAUAUGAGCCUCCAAGGGAUGGGCCCACGUUGUGGGAGAUUGGAAUCCCUGAUCGUUCUGCGGCAGAGUUCUAUGUGCCCGACCCGGAUCCGAAGUACAUCAACAGGCUCUACCUCAACCAUCCUGACAAGUUUAGGCAGUAUGGAUUAUGGGAAAGGUACACAGAACUAUAUCCUGACAAUGACUUGAUCUAUACGAUCGAUGCUAGUGAUUAUAGAAAAGAUUGGUUCUUCGCACAGGUUCCCAGGAAGAUCAAUGAUAGCACGUACCAAGGAACGACAUGGCAAAUCAAGUUCAAACUCGACGAUGUUCAUCAGUCCGAGACUUACAAGCUGCGUCCGGCGUUGGCCACGGCCAAUGUGGCACAAUUAGAAGUUCGAAUCAACGACCCACAGGCGAACCCUCCUCUGUUUUCGAGCGGCGUGAUCGGGCACGACAACACGAUCGCCAGGCACGGGAUUCACGGGCUUUACCGCUCGUAUGUCGUCGACAUUCCCGGAGCCCAGCUCGCCGCCGGGGACAACACAGUCUUCCUCUCCCAAACCAUGAGCACAAGUCCUCUCCAAGGAAUCAUGUACGACUACAUCCGUUUCGAAGGCCCUCCUCCAUCUCCUAAUGACAAGAACAACGUUGGAUUUUAGACCUGCUCCAAAAAUUUCGCUUUGAUCGAGGUGUGAUACAGUGAUGCAUAUUCCU